GAAUUUACAGUUACAUUCACUUGUACCACUGCGCAAAAUGACUUACACUCAUGUUAGUCUGGAGUGCAACGCGGCCUGUGCGUUUUGCUGGGCCGCGCUGGACACUGAGGAAGGAAGUGUUCGAGCAGGUGUGGCGGGGUUCGGACACACCUGAAAGUCUGCAGUGUCAAAAACCAUUGGCUCCAGAUCACAACACUUUCGGUGACGAGGGAGGAACAUCGACUUCUGGAAGCUGUGUAAACAUUUGAUGGUGCUUCGAGUGGCGUGUGUGUGUGAGACAGCGAGCAGUGACGUCGCAAGCUUUGGUUACGAGUGCUGACGGCAGACCGAGACUUGGCUGAGCGAUGCGUGGCACAGGAAAACAAGUGAUCCAAAACAAAGCGAGAACGUCCCCUUCACCACGAACCUUCCCUCCCGCUGGCAAUGUUGGCUUUCCGAAUCGUUGUUGUGUGUGACUCUUUGAUACAGUAAUAUGGUGACAAGUUAUUUGAUGAUUAUAAAAGAGAAACACCCAGAAGAUCGUGUGCCUAACUUGCGUCUAUGUGUUUUGUUUCUGUGGAAAAAAGUAUAAUAACAUGGACUUGAAAAGGUAUAUAAGAGACUUGGUGGAACUGACGUAACGUAAACUUUCUUAGAUUCGAGGUUACUCUUUAAGGCCACCUCUGCAGCCAGUCUGGUAGGCCUACAAGACUGAAAAUUAGUAUAGUUCUAGUGCCUAGGCCAUCAUGAGUACACACCCCUUAGCGACUCCAAGGACCACGGAAACACAGUGAGACGUGGCUCGCCGAAAAAGAUAAAAGAAAACCCGGAGGAAAUACUGCUCAUCACACCUGACACCUUGAAAUACAAACAAAGCAACUCACAAAUACCAAAUGGAGAAGACCAACACAUCAUUGACUUCCAGAAUUCCCAUUCCUAGGCAUCGGGGCCCGCAGUCCCUUCCCCUCACUGUGCCUCGCCACACCCUCUCACAGCCCCGCUCAGGAACACUCUCUGUACAAUCUGACCCUGCCGCUUCUUGCCCACGCCCUGGGGCAUCAUCGAUAAACAAGAGGUCCGAAGAGGAACUACACGUGAGCCAUGUCCCCAGGAGCCGCCUGUCGUGCCCCUGGCUACUGGAGACGCCCACGAGUGGCUACACUGCCCCCAGGCGAUCAGUGUACGCCGCUAUCGUUAGUGUCGGGAGCGAGGGCGGGCGGCCUCCAGGAUACUAUGCCCAGCAGACGGCAUUCUCGACGGCUCCUCUUGGCUUACCUUCCCACACGAGAAAAUAUACUGUCGCAGGAGGGCCAGGAAGCAAUACAUACCUGAAGAACGUUAAUUUUUCGGGCCAAUCCCUCCUGGAGGCCUUCACAUCGCAGCCUAGGUGGCGGCGCACGGUGUGUGAGGGUCGAGGGUUCUCCCUUCCGUCCCUCCCGGAGGAGGAUGGGAACGCUUAUCGUCUCAGGAGCUCCUCUGUUGUGAUGGGCACGCAGGCCUUCUCAAUGAACUCCCAGAAGGUUAACAAUAUUGAAAAAGCAGAGAAGAUGAAGACACGUACUAUGGGAAUCUCGUGCGACAAUGUGAACCGAGAGGAGGUUAGGCAUAAUAUUGAAAACUCUCGUAAGAUUAAAGCCAUUGAAGACCUGCAAGGAUGCUUGAAGACCAGAGACGGCACCGGGGAUAAAGAAGCGAUGCCAGACAUCAAGUCUUCAGGAAGUUCCAAGCGAGUGUCGUUCUCCUCUGGCAAGCAGCCGGAAUCCCCAACUGUCGUCUUGCCCGGCGCCCGCGCCCGCCUUUCUUACGUUGAACCCGAGUGGUAUGCCAAUAAGGCAGUAGAGAGGCUUCCUUACACCAAGAAAAGGUCGUCCUGGGCUGCUGGGGAAAUACUCCACAAAGGCUUACCAACUUCUGUCUGCCAGGCCACUGUUGUCUUGAAUAACAGACGUGUCUCGUGGGGCCACAGGUCACGCUCGUCUUCCUCGGAGAGGCUGACGCUGUACCCGCGCACCGCCUCCUGCGUCAACAUCCCCAAGUGUAAGAAGCGUCUCUCCUGGGCGUCCAGCGAGAAGAGGAGGUUCAGCUGGGCGCCCGGCCAUGUCCCGACGGAUACACAAGACCCCGAGGAUCACCGCCGCUACUCCUUCGCCGGGGAAGAGAGCCGCCGCUCUGCCAUAAGGAUGGGCACCCGCAGCCUCGGGGCGCCCCUCACGCCCCCGCCGCCACGAUGCCCCAGACACCCGCUACGCCCUGUCCCGCCACCAGUCUGUGGUCGCCCCACCCACGACUUAUACACGAGCCAUAACCGGCAGGAGACGACGCUGGUCCACCCCAUCACCCACAAGUCUGCCGUUCAGGCCGAGGCCAUCCCUCCUCCGCCUCCCGCCGCGGCCGCUCGGUGUGAGGCGACGUCUGCCACGCCUGUCCCCAGCAGCCUCAACAACCAGGAGCAACGGAAGGCGGGUGGCCGUCGUCGUGGAGGGUCAUGGGUGAAGACCCCAGGGGCGCGGCGGCCCGAAGUGGCCCCUGUCACCCACCAGGGCUGGCUCUACAAGCAGGGCGCCGAUGGACUCCACCUGUGGAAGAAGCGAUGGUUCGUCCUCUCCGAGUACUGCCUCUACUACUACAAGGGACCCGAAGAGGACAAGGUGUUGGGAUCCCUGCCCUUGCCGUCCUUCAAGAUCAGCCCCGUGGACUCUGAGGACCGCGUGUACCGCCGCCAUGCCUUCAAGGCGGAGCAUCAGAACACCCGCACUUACUACUUCGCCGCGGAGACCAGGGAGCAGAUGGCCCACUGGAUGAACGCUCUGUCCCUCGCCUCCAUCCUUCAAAAAGAUACAAGCAUAGAAGAAAAGUGUAGCAGCAGCAGCAGUGCGCGGCGCAGCGAGCGGCCCUCCGUGUCCUCCCUCGCCUCCACAGCCUCGCCUUCGGCCGACGAGAGUGACUCCGGAUUCCACGGUUACCGCUCCCGCCGGUAUCGCUCCCCCGACGGUCGCUCCUUAGACGAGGCAAGUGAAUCAUCUCGACUUCACGCUGUUGACCGUCUCAACACUUCAUGUGAUUCUGCUGCCAUCCUACGCCCUGGGGAUCGCCAGCCGCUUUAUGCCAAUGCUCCUCCCAAGCCCAAAAGACUGAACUCCUCACGGGACUACAGCACCUCUCCUGAACGCUCCCCAGAAAGGGAUGAUCAGACUCCACGAUCAUACACAGAUCGUGGUGAGGGAGGCAGUGACGCAGGGUGCAGCGGAGGUAUUGAGUCCCGUAGUGUCCACUACCAUCCUCCCACUGCUGAGCGAAGGACCCCUGAUGCUUAUGGAGUAGCAGCAGGUGGAAGUCGUGGUGACUAUGAAGAUGUGUAUGGAGAUAGUAACGAAUCAAACUCUAUACCACACAGUUCAGUGCGGAGAACAGAUCAGCGAGACUCCUUUGCUUCAUCAAGGAGUGGAGGAACAAGAUUAUCGGAAGAGUUACAACUGUCAGAUCCAUUGAGAUCUAAAUUUUGCCGACAAGAAGACACAUUGCCAAGGGAUUCACACUAUCGUCACUACCCAAAAGGACCACCUCGUCCACACAGUGCAGAUUUUCUUGAGUACGAUCGAAGGCACGGGAGCAGCGAGAUGUGGUCUUACAGGCGUGGGAGUGGUGGUGAACUGCAACGGCAUAAUGAAACAAGACCGAAGUCAUCUGUUGGUCAGGCUGAAUCAGAUCAUUGGUCUGAGGAAAAUUAUGCCCAGAAAAUGCGACAAUCAUCAUUGUAUCACUCACACAUACACAGUAGGUCAGCCAUGCGCUAUUCCCCUGCAGGACCAGCUGAAAGUCCUGCCAGUGACCACCACCACAUGCACAGUAGUCUCAGUAGUCAUAGUAAUGGGUCUCAGCGUGUUCCUCCAGCUGGGGCCGCCACACCAGAUCUCUACACCCCUCACAAGCCCACACCCACAUCAGUCAGUACAACAAAUAGCUGGAGGCGAGGAGCUGGUCAAGAAUCAACUGAAAUUCCAAAGCUAGACACUACUGUAGAUAUGAAGGCUGACUUGAAACCUUAUCCCAGACACGACCCGAGGCAGGCUCCUCCUCGACAAGAGACAAGGCAUAGCCACCGACCUGAUCCGUCACUUGAUCACAGAACUUACAGCCAUGAGGAUGCUGUCCCAAAGCUUGAAGUUUCUCCUAACACCACCCUCAACAGUGUUCCCACCCCACCAGGCAGCUACCAAAGCAGUGCCUCUCCAAAUGGCAGUGUAAAUAACAACUUCAUGAGGUCUGCUUCAGCAAGACUGCCUCGUCAGCACCUGCAAGAGGACUUGAUAAACACUUCACUCCCAGAUGACAACUCAGAUGGAGAUACAAGGAAGAUUCAACAGCGAGAGGAGUCCAUGAAGCGGCUGCUGGAGUGGAAGCAGCGGAUGCUUCAGUCUCCCCUCACUCGUAAACCCAACGCUCGCCCUGAUGGCACCACAACGCCACAGCCCCGGACCAACAAUGAAGCAUACCGGCAGCAGGUGCUAAAUGAACUUGCAAAUCAAGAAGCAAGAACAAAAGUCUUGCAGAACCACUCUCACUCUCAGAACUACCUGGCCAGUGAAGAAACAAGCCCACUGCCACACCCAGGCUCCUUAGCAGGGCAGUCUUUUGGGUACUCUGGCAGUAUGGGUGUCUCCCCAAGUCAGACCCCAGUUCAGAAUAACUGGGCACCUGGUAACCAUAGUGCAAAUACAGGAGCUGUACAGUUCAGUGGCUCCAAUCCAGGUGGGCUGUACCUCUCACCUGGUGUGCCCAGCGAGCGCCCAGCUCCUCAGGGCGGCUCCUGCCCAACAGGGUCAGAUAGUGGAAGCAGCAAAAAGAGAGAUGGCCGUCGAGAAACAUCGAGAACCAGGCAUGUGAGCGGUGAUGCUCGACGAUCAACCUCAGCCUCUCGGUACAACAGUUACUCAUCAGAUGAAGAAGAUCUGCUGGAGGAACGGGAAACACGGAAAAGGACGCGACGAAACUCAAGAAGAAGUAGCACAGAUCUGAGUCGUGAAUCCAGGAAGCUUGUGAUGCCUGCAGACGGCUGUAAAAGUUUUGUGGAUGAUGACAGACUCCAAGGAUCCCCAGGGAACUUUGCCAGUGAACAGUCACAUGCCAAUCAAUAUGUGCCAGAAGAAACUUCUUUUAUCAGUACAUCAAAGUCGUCUCCUGAUUAUGUGAAUAUUAAUGUUGUGAGUGAAUCCCAGGAGGGCAGAACUUCCAAUAUGAUUAGGAACACAACAGGCAGUGUAGAAAAUAAAAUAAGUGAAAGAACAGUGAGUCAGAGGGCUGAACCUGUGUUUAUUGAAAACCAUGAAGGAUAUGAUGAAGUGAAAAGGUUUGACCAGCAAUCUCAAGAUGCACAACAGCAUCUCAGUGUUUCUAGAACUUGUGAGCAAAGUUUUGUGUACAGUGAUCAGAUAUAUGCUGCAAGAGACCCAUAUUAUGUGUCUGAUGUGCAACUACCUGCUAUGAAUGAUAAAUUUGAAGAAGAUAGGAGUGAUAUUUCUUCAAGCACUGGACUUAAGAGAGAAUAUGAUAGUUCCUAUGGUGCACAGAAUACUGUUCAGGGGAAGUACAAGAUAAAUAAUGAUUCAUUUGAAAUCAGUGAGUACAAUGGAGAAAAAAUAUUUAUUGAUAGUAAAAACUUCCACCAUGAUACAUCUCCAGCGAGAGAGGAGAGUUUAGAGAACAGUGUUGGAUAUGCUUCCUUUGAUUCUCACAUGAGUCACAAGCCAGAUAAUGUCACGUUACAUGCAUCUCAGAAGUGUACUGCUCAAGAUGAUGCCACAUCUACUGGCAAGUACUCUGACAGUGGCUAUGACACACUACGAGCAGAAAUGUCACUUCAUCGGGAUGAAAGAAGGAAUGGUAGACCCGGUGCACUGUGGGCGCCAGACACUCUGGAGAGCAGCCCUGAGUGUUCCAGUGUGGUGCGGAGGCGAGGCUUUGACCCCACCGGAAGGAGACCAGAAACCUGGAGUCCUGAAAAAUUUGACCGAUCAUGGAACACAAUUGAUGCUGAUUUGAAAUCAAAGGUAGAUGAAUCAAAGGUUGUGAAAGAGUACAGUUAUGAGUACAUUACCCCAGAGAAAGACAAUGACACAACAUCCCAAGACAACUUUACUAAUAAUAACCACACUCCAAAGAAAUCAACAUCACCCUUAGCAUGCCUAGAGAGUCCCAAAAUGGUGCAAGAAACUCAACAUCAAGCUCAGAAUUUAGUUCAAGAUCGCAUUAAGAAAUUUACUUCAAAGGCUUCAGAAACUAAAGAAACUUUUUCAAAUCUUUAUCCUGGAGAGCAUCAUAUGAAUCUUAACAGAUAUGGAGACUCAAAUAAAAACAAUAAAAUGAUCUGUAUAAAUUCUGAAGUCCCAAAUUUUAGGGAACCCCUCAAGGAACCCUUGAAGCCUCUCUCCCCUCAAAUCAGGAGUUCUGAGGCACUUGUCUCCCCUCUGAAAGCUGAAUUUGCUACAUCUGAGUCUACUGUAGUAACAGCACAAGAAGCUCAGGUUAAGAAUGUGUCAGAUUACAAGAGGAGAGAAGAGGUGUUGGGGCCUCCAUUCCCUGAGGAAGGUUCUCUCUCCAAUACCAGGCUCACCUCUGGCUCUGAGCCCUCAAGCAUGGAGUACAGGGAGCUUCGUAGUCCACAAGAUAUAAUGGAUUCAAGGCUGAGCCGUACAAAUAUCAGGAAGUUUUUGUUUGAUGAUGAUAGUCGACCUGAAGAACCUAAAGUUGAGCCUCAGACAAACCCUAUAAAGCCACCCCUCAUGAAGAAGCCAAUCCAAACUCGUUCAGUUAAAGCCCUUUUGAAGAACUUUGAAGAAAAGUCUAUAGAACACAUGGAAAGAGUAAAUCUGAGUCAGGAUUCUUCAAGGAAGAAAUUCCAUAGUGAUUCUGAGAUGCUAUCUAAUGAAAGUUCAAGUGAUGAAGGACAGUGUGAAGAUUUAUAUUCUACUGCCCCUGAAAAAAAUAUCAUAUCUCCAACAACCUCAGUUUUAGCAGACCUUCGAAAAUCUGCUGAUGACAAGAAGGAUGAUAUGGGUCCACUUGUGCCCCCACCCAGACCUCCAAAGAAACCAACUUUAGGUGGGGAAAUGGAUGCUGUGGUAACUCCAGUAACUCCUGGCUACUUGAGACUGAGUCUUACAGAAUCUAUUCAGGAAUCUCUCAAGGUGCAAGAAGAUAGUGAGAGUGGUGCUGAUGAACCCAGCUGGAUGGAUACAAUGCUCAACAGUGAACAAAGCAAACUCUGCAGUCAACUCCCCAGUAAUGGGGACUCUGUAGUAAUUGAUUUAGAUAAACCUCCAGAGGAAGAGGCCCCUCCACCACCCCCUAUGUAUCUUCCCAAUGGUGAGGCCCAGAGUCCAGUCAUGAGACCUAAUCCUUACACUGAAGAGAACUACUUGCCUAUGAGCCCUCCUAAGAAGCUUAGCCAUGGCUCCAGUAUGCUUGCUCCUGCCAGCUCAUGUAGCAGCCUAAGCAGCAAGCACCAUCCUACUCCAGAGCCCAUCUAUCCAGAUGCUUUUGCAAAGACUGAAUAUGAAGAACACACUUAUAUUGAAAUGAGUGGAGAUGCCUCAUCCAGCGGGGCCUCCAUUCUAGCCCCAGGUGGGCAUCCCAGGUUUGACUUUAGCAGGAUGGCAUUAAAUGAGCAUAUGUUUCCUCCUGAAAGUCCCAGGUAUUAUGAAAUAAGUGACAAAGAUGAAUGCCAGCACUAUGAAUAUAUUUACAAAGGCCAGUCUCAUUACGAAGCCAUUUAUAUGGAAGUUCCAAAUACUGAGAAAGAGAGCACAGUGGAUAAUGAAAAACCUGAGAUUCCAAGUAAGCCAGAUGAACUUAAAGCACAGCUUAAUGCAGAUAGAAACUAUGCCUCAGAUGCUGGUUUAAACUCUUCUCUUAAUAAACUGGAUUUAAAAUCUCAGUCUAAUGCAUCUUCAGAUGCUGAUGAUGAAGCUUCCAAGGAUUUAGAGAGCCUUGACCCUCCCCGCAAUCCUCGCUUCAGCUUAUCAGACACCUUCAGACCAGCGUCUUACUAUCUCAGUGGUGCAGAACCAUCUAGUGAUCCUGAUGCCCAAGACUCUUCUGACUCAGACCUUGUACCUCCUCCCCCAAUACCCAUGAGUCCACCACCUUUAGAUGACCUUGACACUGGGGGACCCAAAGCCAAAAAUUUUGAUUUUGAUAACCUGGAGACCCCAGAUCCUCCUCUACAUUUACGAAAUGCCCUGAGCUCUUCCAGGUCUUUAAGAGUUGGUCAGAACAAUUUGAGGGAUGAUCUCAAUUCCUCCAGGUCAUCGAUUGGAAAAGAGAAGAGAAUAUUUGAAAAGUCUGACUCACAAUCAAGUCUUCAUGUAGACAAGUUGAAAAGAAGACCGGUCUUUGAAGAGACACUCGAAAGUCUUCAUGAUGAUGACAACUUCAUUCUUAGGUCUGAGGAUAGGUAUCCAGCUUCAGCAGCCUAUCCAGAGGACUGUUCAUUGCCAGCAGCUGAUAAAUUUCAGCGGGACAGAAGGAAGCCUUUUCCACAGUGUGCUGAAGAUGUUCUCCUCCCUGGUGACAAGCACGAACCCUCUGCUCGUCCCAAGUCUGCACUAGAUCAUAAUUCAUCCUUUCAGGGGAAUUUAGAUACAUCAUACUCAUCAAAUAAUAUUGAAAACCCAUAUGUAAAUGAAGCCUUCCAGCAAAGCUUGAUUCAGUCAAGUAACUCUUAUCAGAGUGUUCCAGAUGGAAGAGAAUAUUGUAAUGUCCCGCCCAAUGCAAAGGUGUUCUCACAGCCAGAGAGGGAAAGGUCAAGUUCCACUGGAUCUCGGCCAAAGUCCCCAGACCCCUAUGCAGAACGAAAUGAGCUUUCCACUUACCAGAAUGUACCUGCACCAAAAACAUCCUUGUCCACAACAAAUUCUCCUCUGACAACAUCAAUUAGUGUUGAGCCAACAGGGUCACCUAUGAUUGAUGCUCUGCGUGGUGUUCACAGCCCCGUACUUCACCUGCAGCCAAGUCAUCAAAGAACAUCGUCAGAGGCCUCCUCACGCAGUGUGGUGAGUCCUACAGCCAGCGUGGUGUCAGGUGGAGGGGGUGUGGCACCCAUACACCUUAGAGCCACAUCUAAUGCCUCAGUUGGCAGUGAAACCAGUCCACGUUCUGCCCCGUAUUAUUACUCUGAUGUAAUCCGUGAUGACACAGCAGCCAUGGCAGAUAGCAUAGUUGGCACUCCACGAUCGCGGUCUUACCAGCUCAAUAACCAGCGAGAUCUGGAAGCCAACAAAAGACAAGACAUUGGAAGAAAAGUCAAUCAAAUCAGCAGUGCUUCUGAUUUUGAACAGAGACGAGAAAGAUUAGCACAUGAGUUAAGGACCUCAAUGGAGUUUCUUGAAGGUAAAACCGUGUCAUCACCUGACGAACGAAAUGUGUAUGACUCUGAUACUCUGCGUAAAAUGAAGCGACGUGCCUACACUCCUGACCCAGAGCUGGAUGCCAAAAAUGUGUUCCCCCACGGCCUUUCCAUCAAAACAGACAGCCCUCCUCUUGGGCCUCCAAUGGGUCAUCGAAGAACACGUUCCUUGGAGGGUCUCCUGGAUGAUCCUCCUCGUCCUUUCUUGGGAGAGCCCAACAAUGUUCAAAAUCCCCAUGAAGUAAAUAAAACUUGUGGUGGAGGCCCAUCUCAGGGAUCCAACUGGGCUAACACCGCAGCCUUCCCUAGUGUGCACCCAGCACAGAUAGGUGUGAGAGGUGGUGCAGGAGCCUCCUUCAACCCAGGCUCCAAUGCUUCUCCACAUGCAGCAGUCACUCCGAAUCGAGGGGCAUUUUCUCAACUAACUAGUCAACGAGCAUCAGUAAGCAGCCUUCACAGUAGUGGAAGCUUGCCUCAGAGAACAACUUCUCCUUAUGCUGCGUCACCUCUCCCUGUGUCGCCUGUGCCCCCUUACCAAGUGGGUAGCCGUGACAGUCUUGUCAGCAGGGAAAGCUCAGCAAGUCGUUUCUCAGGCUAUGAUCCCCGAGUCAGUCAGGAGCUGCGUAGUCCAUCCAACCACGAAACGCUACACGAAGAGCAAGAUUGGGAAGACGACACUCAGUGGCGUGAACAACUUCGCAGAGCCUCUUUGCGUCACACAAGGUCGCUAGAAACUCUUGACGAUGGAAGGCCGCGACGAGGCGGUGACGGCGCCAGCCGAGAGGCGCGACCUCCAGCCAAGCUCAGUGUACCGAGUAACACGUGUCAGGUACCUCCAGGAUCCAACCAGCAGAGACUCCAGCAACUCCACUGGGACGAGUAUACAGUCGAUUAUAGGGAAGGACGCCUCUGCUCAAACCAGUACCGGAAUAAUGGUGCUCUUCACUCCGAGACUUUGGAAAGAACGCGCCGCGGCCUCACCUGCCUCGAGGGUUACGAGUGGGAUGAGGCGGAGGAAAAGUUCAAGAAGCCAGGCCAGCCCGGGCGUCCCCAGCAGCCUCUACCACAGGCGCCACCCAACUCUGUACAGCACCAGCCUUUUUUAGUCGACGGCCUCCCACCUUCACCCGGGACGGAGGGCGAGGAGCAGCGUCAUUGCCAGGUCAGCCCGGCGCCGCCCCCCGCCCACGCGCCUCCCUCCCCGCCUCCGCAACUUCAGCAUCAUUUUUUAGCGGGCGGCGGUGAGGGCUCGGACGCGUCCUCGGGGGUAGGAGGGAGGCCCCCUGGUGACUUCCAGGGGCGGGAAGAGCCCCCGGCUGCCUCGCCCGUAGUAUGUCCAAUACCACAGGACGCCGCCUCCACACAACCUGUGCCUGAUGUUAUCCCGCCACACGACGUCAAACUCGGUGAAAGUCUACCUCGCCGACUGGACAACAACCCCGUCACCUCGUCGGGGCCUCAGCCGUCCAGUCACACCCACACUCACCCUCACCCCCACCCUCACGCCCACCACCAGAACUACCAGCACCACUCGCACCCCCACCACCAGAACUACCAACACCACCCCCACCCACACUCCCAGAACCAGUACCACCACUACAAGAGCGACGACCUACACAAGUACCACGACUACCGAGAGCAACAGAACUACCAGAGCAACGGGCCGUAUUCCAACUGCCACGGGGGCCACAGCUACUCUCACGGCUACUCAGAGAACCACGUAAGCUACUCCAGCAACUAUAAACAUGCUCAAAGCCAGCCUCACGAUUAUCAGGAGGGCCACCACCAGCAGGCCCUCCCCACCACCGUUAUCGCAGACUACAAUAACACGCUCAGCAGUCAGCAUAGCAGCAGCGGGAGGGGCACGGGGACCUAUAGAUCGGGUCACUACGACUUCCAGGACUAUCAUAACUACAAGAACCACCAGCAGGACUUCAAGCACCACCCGCAGGACUACAAAGACUACAGGCAUGCGGAUUACGGCACCUACGACAAGCACAUGCGCCACCACGACCAGCGGCUCAAUGGUCGUAUCCACAGCGACAUCCACCAACAGCAGUUCUCAGACUCGGAGCUCACCGUAUCCAAACAGCAGCAGUAUCAACAGCAGCACCAGCAGCCAGCACUGCCCGUCGCACCGCCGGGUCAGGACACAGUGGAUGUCCGAGGUCUUCAGGGGCUCAGUGCGGGGGAGUUGCUGGGCAAAACUCACGAAGAGUUAGUGCUGCUGCUCAUUCAGUUGCGGCGGCACCACUCGGCCCUGCAGUCAGCGAGGCACCACUCCCGCGUCGAGAGGGACUCCCAGGCCCGCCUGGCCCAGCUGGACGGCGACCACCGCGAGGACCACCUGCGCCGCCUGGCCAGCCUCAACCACCACCUGCACGACCUCGACAAGCAGUAUGAAAUGGGCAAGCCUCUCAUCAACCUGGUGGACAACAUGGUCAAGCUGGGCUCCUUAUACCGCGGCGGGGACUCCAGGCUCGCAGCACAGCAAGACCCAGGGCAAUCCAGGUAUUAUCAGACAAAUGGUUUUGAUUCACUUCAGUUCUCUAGAAGAAUACAAGAAAGAAGAAUAGUUGCAGAAGACUUGCAGCUGCAAGAACAUGAGCUAGCUUCUGCAGACCAGAGUGAUCUAGAGGGAAAAGUGAUGCAAUUGUAUAAGUUGGACAAGAACCUCCACCAAGAGUCACUGACCAUUCAGAGCUUGCAGAGAGAGAAGGAGAUGCUGGAGCGUACCCUAGUUAACCUACAAUCCAAGUCUCAUGGAGCAAAUGAAGGACCUGUAGAGCUUGAGCGCAGAAAGAAACAGAGACGACACUUGGAACACGAACUAUCCAAACUUCGUGCUCACCUUGCUGUAUCUGCAAGGAAACUUGAAGAAACUGCUGCCGAAAAUAGUCGUUUAGAACAUGAAAUGAUGAUGCUGAGACAAAAGAUCCAAAUGACAAUGGCUCGCAAUUGCCAGAGGGAAGCUGUUGGUACUACUGAGACACGCCACAUUCAGUCUGAGAUGGUGCGAGUUCAGACACUUCUUGAAGACUUGCAAAGGCGAAGAAUUGAACUUAGCCACCAGAUUCAGAAACUCACAUCAACAAAUCCUGGGCUAGAGGUUCGGCCAUCUCCAACUGGCGUGGCAGGAGCAGCACCUGUGCCAGCCAGACGGAGGACCCACAGCACCUGGCUGGAGACAGACCUAGAUGCCAUGAUCACAAGAGACAGAGGACUGGAUCCUCCUGAAGUAAAUAGGCUGGGUAGCCAUCCUGUUUAUGUUAAUGCAUCUGGAUAUGUGGAGGAGAUCAGCCCCAAUGAAUAUUCAGAAAGUCCCGACUACAUUGAUUCUGACUACCCUCCACCACCACCUCCACCUGAGCACAUGCACUCCUAUAAUUACCAUCUUGAUAGACUAACCUCUUUCUUGGAACAUUAUAACUCUGAUCAAAUUUAUCUGCACUCACAAUCAUCUUUUGAAGCAAAUCAAAGACAGAUGUUACUAAACGGUGACCAUGAUAUAAGAAGCAUGAUGACACUGGACCGGGAUGCUGCUGAUAACAAGCCAGAUGGAGAAGAACAACAACAACCAACAAAUCACAUGGAUAUUAGUGAUGCAGAUGACAGGAUGAAGAGAUAUUACGGAAUUCUUCCAAAGGAAAAACCUUUAGAAAUCAAGACAGUAAGAAUAGUUAAGAGGGAGUCUACAGAGAGAAGAAAAGAUCGUACAACAGGAGGAAAACGUGUCACCAUUGGGGACUCCAGUUUGACUCACCUGCUAGAGGAUGACGUGGAGAGUGAUGGUUUUUCAGAUGUGGAAAACGAACCUCCGAUGCCUUCAUUUGCUGCAAGGUCUGCCUCUCUGCCUCGCAACUAUGGCCGUAAUGGUCCUGGUGAGAAAGCCAGUAUGAUGGCAGCAAUGAUGAGAACAAGUGUAGGAAAUUCUGGAACAAUGACUCGUCCAAGCAAUCUUGCAUUAAGAAAAUCAACCAAUUGGAAGUCCAAAAAUGAGAACCCCAAAGACCGACCAUUGAGUGCGCAUGAACAACUUUUUGGUUUCUCUCGUGAAACUGAGCCGACACCCCCAGCAUCCCCCUCCAAGUCAGACCCUCCCUCCCCUGUGUUCAAAAGUGCUGCAGCCAAAGAAAUAAUAAAGGAAAUGGCAUCAGAAGCUGAAAAACAUCGCAGGACAGUACCAAAAGAAAAGAGAAGACACUUUACCAUCUCCAGUAGUCGUCCCUUGACACUGGAAACAAGGGACACGGGUGCUGAGGAGGGUGCCAGAUCUCGAGAUGAUUGUGACAUGGUACGUGCCUUAAGACCACGUAAUCAUCCUGACGUUGUCAAGUCAACCUUGAGUACAAGAGACCUUCGCUUUAAUGAAUCCACAAUAGACAACAUUCUUGGUGCUCCUAACAAAAUAUACAUUCCUGAAAGAUAUAUGCCAGAUGAAGAUGAUGAAAAGGAACCAACCGAAGAAGAGCGGGUUCAUAGGGAGCAGAAAGCUGAGUCUAUCAGGAAAAUGUUGUCAGAGACUCAAACCACAGUGACAACAAAUGAAACAAAAGAGGAAAAAUCACCAAAUGGCGAUGUUGCUGCCAGUUCCUCUACACUGAAAGCUAAAGUUGCAGCGGAAAGGAAAGAACGAGAACACCUUCUGGCCUUGAACCAGAUCCUCGCUCGCCAGGUCAUGGAAAAGAGCAGAGUAGUAGCAGCACACACCACAGUGGAGCCUCACCUGUAGCUGUCCAUGUAGCAUCAGGUGGGUACACAUACCUAGACAGCUAACUUGGUUCGAGCUCUUACCAUGUUGACCAAGCAACCCAGUUCUUCCGAUGAUGACCUCUCCCCCAUGCAACCGCUUCCUCUUGUACAGCAACGGGAAAACUACCUCGUCUAGAGAACCAAGGAAUAACCUCUGUAUGAUAGGAUGGAAAUGCCUUUACUUUGAUAUUUAGAAACUCAACUAGUCUAGUAUCAUGUUGUUUAUGACCAAAUAAUUAUGGGAAAUUGUUCUCUAUAAACUACUAAAUAGGAGAGUAAGAAAUGUUUUACAUGUGUCCUCUCACUUUGUUUGAAGUGGAAAAUUGAAAGAUAUUUAAAAGGUAUAGAUAGAUUUUUUAAUUAGGACAAAACUUUACUUUACAUUCUGAUCAUCAUAAUAUUGAGAUCAAAAGGAAAUCAAUUUUAAUGGGUUUGCAAUUUGAUAUUGCUCAGUCUUGGACAGCACAAUUCUGUAUGAUACAAAAAAAAUAUGAAGUUGUGGACACAUCCCAGGUACAUAGUUUUAAGUGUCGGCAACACAAAAAACACCAUCAUCAAGUGACAGAUUGUACCCCAUAAUUCACUUUAGAAUUUUCUUUGAACAUAAGUUGUAUAUAUUGAGAGUAUAAAUAGAAAUUGUUGUAACAAAAAAUAUAUAAAUUUGUGAAAUACAUGUGAUAAUUGUUUUAGAGAGCAUGUUAUCAACACCUUUGUUUAAUGCAGAAACUCAUGUUAUUAAGUAUUCAAAAUGCAUAGUGUAUACAGAAAUCUGCCUUAUGAGUCACAAUAAAGAGAUGUGCCAAGUUUAAGAGAUGGAUACCAGGCAGCCCCUUUGUCAAGAGCCUUUGGUUACACUCUUGAUGCUCAUUCGGGAUUCCUUUGUUGUAAAAUGAAAUGCAGUCACUAUAGAUCAGUGUUGCAUAUUUUAAUCUCUCUGUAAUUUAUUUGCUCAGCUGCUCUUCCAUACAAUGAUAGAUUUUUUACAGUCUUCUAAAUUUUAUCAUCUCAACCUACUGGUAUAUAUAUGGUUAGCAGGAUACUGGUUAGGCCAUUCUCAAUUUCAGUAUUAAAUCAGACAUUCAAACUAAUACUGGAUGUCCAUACAUUUGAGCUUCCAAUGUGGUAUUGAAAAGGUGUUCCAGUAUCUCCAGUUUUAUGGUGAUUGUUGCAGUUUUUACCAAUGAGCGACUGUCUGAAUGACCCAUGAAUCCAGUCUUGGUGCCACAAUAACUGAAGCAGGUUUGUCAGUUAUGUAGGAUGUACUUGUAUUGUUAUAUGUAUUUUGUAUGUAAUUUCUAGGUAUUAUUUUGUAGUUUUGUUGCAAGAGAGAGUACUGUGUAAUGGUUUGUAUUUUUCUAUACAUUUACAUGAAAAUAUCACCCAUAGCUUGGACAUGCCAGUGGGGCAGCUUUUGUGUAGAUGCUGUGAUUUUUAUAUCCUAAUAACUGACAGCCAGCUGCAAUACAAUGGAGUAGUGUAAAUAUCUGAUGUUCUAUCAAUAGUUAGAUUUUUUUAUUGAAGUUAGUUCAUGCAUUUUUAUAUUUUGCCCUGAAGUAUUAUGUGUAUAUUAUUUUUUACAUAAAGGCAGCAAAUUGAAACUAGCUUUAAAAACUACAUUUAUUGUUACUCAAUAUACAAAUUGAGUUCUUUCAGACAUAUCUAAGCAAUAAUAUUCAAUAUCAUUUUACUUCAAAAUAACCAGGAAUUGCUAUGAAUGUGGUGGGACUGGCGGAGAAAAUUUUAUCACCUAAGAUUUUAUAUGCCUUCAGUAACUAUGUAAGGAAUAUGAGAAAGACUGUGCUGUUGGUUAUAAAUAUCAAUGUAUAUUUUAACUGCUCUUGAACUUGUGUAUUUUUUACAAAAAUGCUAUUACCAUACAUUGCCAAUACUAUUUUUUGAAAAUUGUGCAAAAGAUUGUAUUGUGCAAUAAAAACCUCAUUGAUC